CGCUGAUUCACCGAAGGAUGCAUGCAGCCAUUUUCGCCUUAUUUCUGGCAACGGUCGUUGACAGAUAAUUUCAGUCGUCUGCUCUCGAUGCGUGCGAUGAUGUAGCUAGUAUAACCUUAAGGAACUGAGUUGUAUAUGUUUAAACAAAGUGUAAAGUCAUCGAGAUAAAAAGACGCUACUGCGAUGGACACUAAAUCCGAAAACUUAAAAACAAACGAACAGAUCAUAGAGGAGCUCACGAAAGAUCUAGAAGGUUCUUGUAUCAAGGUAGAUGAAAACUCCGCAUCAAAAGACAGUAAUGCAAAGUCAAUAGUGAACAAUAGCAAUUUAGCGGACGAUCCUUGUAAACUUGUCACAGACGACAGUGACAACGAUGUCGAACACAAAACAACCGAUAAACACGAAGUUCCAAAUGAUUUUGUCGACGAGGAGUUGUUAAAAGAUAGAGAAGUUGGACUUUCUGAAAGCGAAAAAGAACUUCUCAAAGAGGAGGCUGAGCAAUUGAAAAACAAAGGAAAUGAUUUUUUCAAAAAGGGAGAUUAUACAGAGGCGAUAUCUAUGUAUACACAAGGAUUGCAGACUUGUCCCUUAGCAUAUGACAAAGAAAGAUCCAUUUUGUAUGCCAACAGAGCUGCUGCAAAGUCUAAAUCUCUGGAUAAAGAAUCAGCAAUAUCUGAUUGCACAAAGGCCAUAGAAUUGAACCCAAGUUAUGUGAAAGCCUAUGUUAGGAGAGCUCAGUUGUACGAAGAAGCAGAAAAAUUAGAUGAAGCUCUAGAGGAUUAUAAGAAGGUGCUAACGUUCGAUCCAGCACAUACGGAAGCAAAUUACGGAGUUCGGAGAUUACCUCCAUUGAUCCAAGAAAGAAAUGAAAAAUUGAAAACUGAAAUGCUCGGAAAACUGAAGGACUUAGGAAACAUGGUUUUGAAACCUUUCGGACUUUCCACGAAUAAUUUCGAAUUGCAAAAGGAUCCAAAUAGCGGUGGUUAUUCUGUAAAGUUCAAUCAGAAUCAAAGUUAAUAGAUUUAAUAUUAUCGGUAUACGUUCCAGAGGGAUGAACUUGAACGCGUGUCACAGAACAUAUUUAUAAAUUGUGUUAAUUUUACUGGAAUGCUGUGUGCUGCUCGUUAAUUGUAAUAAAAAUGAAAAUGUCACGACGAUAGCUAUUGGACGGAGAUAUUGAGAUUGGUACAAUUA